ACGAGGAGGUACUACUAUAUAUAUGUACUUCAUAUACUUUCUAUACUCUGCUCUACUCCAUACAUGAAGACACUGUACUCCUGAGGAUAUUUACACAUGAGGAUACUCUGCAUCUGAAGGACGAUGUUGGGUCGUGGCGUGAAGCGAAAGUGGAGCUGCCUGGAGGAGCUGGAGGUGGAGAUGGUCCCCGCCGCGGUGACGGAGGAGAAGGAGCAACGUGGGGAGGUGGAGCUCAUUGUGGCGCCGUCCAAAUCCGAGACGAACCACCUGCAGCAACGUCAGCUGGUGCUCGGCCUCUGUCUGGAGAAGCUGCAGCGUUACCAGGCCGGGAUGGAGCUCAGCCUCCGUCGCUCGGUGCUGCUCAUCAACACGCUCCGGCAGAUCCAGGAGGACAUACAGAGCGACGGGGCUGGAGCCUGCAGCCCGGACGCACUCCACAGCGCCGUCCAUCCUGACUCUCGUCUUCUCAGGGACGACUUCAGGGAAGACACGCCGGUCACUUGCCCCGGUUGUGCAGAGGGUGACGGGGACGACCUGCCUCUGACUCCACCGCUGUCCCCCGAAUUCCCGUCUCAGGAGGCAAACAGCUCGACGGACCAGCAGAAACCGCCCACCGCCACGAUCGGUGCUUUUAGUGAUGCAGUAAACGCCAUGGGCUACCUCAGCGACCUCACCCUGGACAACAUCUUUGAGGACAUUGACACGUCGAUGUACGAGACUUCAGAUCUGCCUUCUGCGUGGGCGACGGGCUCUUUGUGGCCCGUCAGCGUGACGAUGUGGGCGGACGAGGACGUGAAAAUGCGCUCGCCAGGCCACGGCUCACCUGGGAGUCUGCAGUCGUGUCUGAUGGACCUGAACGAGCUGGACCACAUCAUGGAGAUCCUGGUGAAGUCUUGAUCGCCAGGAUUGUGGAUGUUUACGACUCUUGGUCCAUUAAAGACGUGCAGCUUCUCUGACCGAGGAUCCAACACCGACGUCAGGGUCGAGGAUGAUUUUGGGAUUUUUUUUUAAAAGGCUCCAUUUGACAUUUAACUGGAAAAUGAGUUUCAAACUUCGGCUGAUGUGAAGAAAACGUUCACUUUAAAACACGUUUGCACUGUUUCUGUGGCUUCAAACGGGAGAAACAGACCAAACAUGCAGGUGGAAGAUCCAGAAAACAGAUAGACUGAGAGAAUCUGCUGUUUUUCUCUGUAUCGCUCUCUUCUGAACUGGGAUUUGUUUUUUUUUACGUGUUAUUUUCUGAUAUUUUAUUGACCAAAUUAUUUAUCAGUUAUUUCAGAAAAUCUUCUAAAGUUGGUUUAGAGCGUCAGACACAAAGUCCGGCUUCAGGUUGUCUUUUGAGUAAUCUGUGAAAAAAGAAAAUUGCAGCACUGGCGAGGGAAGUGUUGUAACAGACGGCUCGAUGCCGUUCAACAGUGUUAACGUGUCAAGAGAGGUGUGUUGAGUGUUGAUGUCACUUUUCUCUGUUUGUUUGUUUUUUAAAUUAAGUUUUUAUGUGAGUGAGUGAAUCCACUGCUCAGGAAGAAGGAACCUGAUCCGCCGGUGUGUGUGUGUGUGUGUGUGUG